AUGAUAUGGCUAGACUACCUGCGCCAUCAUCAUCCUGGCUAUCGAUCCAUCGCGAUCGACGACGAGCGACUGAGCCAACUGCCCGAGGACGGCAAUGUGGUGGACGCCAUCCCCCAAAGUCAGGUGGAGGCUGCCGAUGUGGGACCGGAGGAAGAUCAGGAGGCAGAGCCUGACCUAGAGGAUGCGGCUGCGGUGCCUGACCUGUUGGCCAAGGACACGGAGCUGGAUGCUCUGCGGUCUAUUCUCGCGGACGGCAGAGCCGACUUUGUGGAGCCUCGCUUGCGGUCCAUUGAGUACAAGGAUUACAUCGAGCACGCGAUGCGGUGGCACGACGGCCGUUUUGCGCGCCAUCCAACCUUCCGCUUUGUCGCAUUCAACACCCUGAUGCGGUCCCAAGCACGUGCGAGGUCCAAAUUCUUCGUGAAGCAACACGAUGGCACCCGCGCUGAUCAACUCGAUCACAAGGCAUGCGGUGUCGAUUCGCGGUACGCGACCCUUUGGAAUAGAAAGAGGCAGGACCUCGAGGCGUAUGCCUACAGCUUGGGUUGUCCUGGCGCAUUCAUCACAUUUAGCCCGGCUGAUUUACACUGGCGGAGCCUCUACCAACACAUGCCCCGAUAUGAAGAAUGGCUGGGCGCGUCCGAGCCGGAAAGGAUGGCAUUGUCGCGAACGAAGUUUAACGUGACGGAUUACUGGGGCCGGGUGAAGGGAAUCCCUGAGUGUGGAUCCGCUGGGCCGCCACAGAUGCAAUACCGCGUACUGCUUGCGGGUCCGAAAGAGAAGUGGGGACCUGGCGAACGAUAUGCAAGGGCUGCAGCCGAUAUCGAGGCGGCCAAUGUCGCCGAUCCGGAGAGGGAGUGUCGUUUCAACUUCCCCCGUGCCUUGCGGGAGCUAGCCGCAGUCAUCAGGAAAGAAGGUAAGUCAUAUUACAUCUUCGAGGCAGCCCGCAACGACAGCCUCAUGAACCACUUCAAUCCUGCCAUCAUUCUGGGCUGGCUGGCCAAUAUCGACAUAUCGCCCUGCACCAGCUUACAGGCAGUCAUUACGUAUGCUGCCAAGUAUUGCAGCAAAUCGGAGAAGAAGACGGAGCCUUACUGCAAGCUCGCAGAUCAGGAAGGCACUCGGAUGGUUGUGUACGUCGACUGCCGUCCGUUGGAGCAGCAUGUGCGGUCGUUCCGCGUCGACGAGGAUUCCUACAAUCUCAAGACGUGGAGGAGACUCGGUGCGAACGCGAAGAAGAGGUUGAUGAUGGCCCAUCCGCAUCGCUCUCCGGAGGAGCUGCUUGCUGUGGACGGGCAGCCGUUUGAGUCCUUUGCGGCGGCGUACCAGUGCUGCCGGCAGCGACACCAUUUCCAUGAGGACGACCAUUACGGCGAGGUGGGAGCAAAUGAGCUGCAGGCAGAGGACGAUGAGUUUCAGCGGGAGGAGCACGAAGAGCCUGUCGUGGAGGAAGAUUGGCAUGAACUCGCCCGUAUGCUGCCAGACCAUCCGCUGGAGGAGGAGGAUAUCGACGUGCUGGGCCGGCGAGAUGUCGACGGCGACUUCUGGAAGCAACGCAAAGCCGAAAAUCCCCUUCACCUUGAUGUGGAUCAUCAGCCGCUGGAGGCUCGCGAUUCCCUGAAUCCGGAGCAGCGCCUAGUCCGCCUCGGGCGGAAGAGGACGCCUGUUUGGCGUGCCGCGCCCACGGGCGUUGCGGGAAAUCAGAUAUCGGGCACUACCUUGCACUCCCUGCUGCACCUCCCCAUCAACAAGGACUUCAAGCCCCUGUCAGCGAUCGACAAAGCUCAGCUCCAGAAGAAGCUAAAGGAUGUCAAGUACCUGAUCGUCGAUGAGAAGAGCAUGCUGGGUCUGCGACAGCUGUCAUGGAUUGAUGACCGUCUCCGUGAGGCGUUCCCGAAUAGAAAUGAGGAGUUCUUUGGUGGUCUUAAUAUCCUCCUGGUUGGCGACUUCUUUCAGCUUCCCCCUGUUGCCCAGCGUCAGCGCGGCGACGAUCAGGCAGCGUUUCGCUCAGCUCUUGAGGAAUUGCGGCUGCUCCAACUCUCUAUGGAGUCCUGGAAGCUCCUCUCCAGCCGUGUUCAGGCGAAGCUGGACGAUCAGGAGGUUGCCAAGUUCGUCAAUUCCCUACGAGUAUACGCCACGAAAGACAGGGUCAUGGCUAAGAACGUUGGCCCCGGUGCUGCUGCUGCUCCUGACGACAAGCCGGUUGGCCUCUGCAACGGUGCACGUGACCCUCCCUGCGUGAUCAUGAUGGAGUUUGACAAGUACCGACAGGACUUCCUCGUCGGAGCCACACUCUGCACUCGUACGCAGUUUCCCCUGAUCGUGUGCUACGCCAUUACAGUUCACAAGUCGCAGAGCAUCACCGAAGACAUGAUCGUGACGGAUCUGUCGUGCCGUGACUUUCAGACCGGUUUGAGCUACGUGGCCGUCUCGCGUGUGAAAACGCUGCAGGGUCUGAUGCUGGAUGCCCCGUUUGACCGCAAUCACCUGACUUAUGCGUCGCCGCCGGAAGGAAUUAAGAUGAAAAUGAAGGAUCAACAACUUCGCAAACGACAGGUUCUUACCCAGAAUCCGUAUAAGAUAGGCGACGGGUCUACGUAA